AAGUUCCUGAUAUAUUGGAGAUGGAAAGAUAAAGAACUGGAUAUAAGAGCCGGUCCUUGGCAGCUCAGAACAAACCUGAAGAUUCAGACUGAAACUGAAGAUCGUUCUGCUGCAGGUGAGAAUCAUCAUGACUCUGACUCUGCUUCUUGUUGCCGUGAUGGCUCUGACCAGAGCUGCUGAUGCUGCAAAACAGACAGAAACUGGACAGAAAAAAGAUUUUCUUACAGAAGUAAAUGGCCUUGUCAGGAGAGCGGUUUGUCCUAAUGGGUGGACUCUGUACAAUUGGCGCUGUUUUCUUUUUGUUCAAACACCAAUGGCCUGGUCUGAUGCUGAGGUCAACUGUCAGUCCAUGAAGGCGCACCUUGCAUCUGUACGUAGUGCUAAGGAGUACCAACAAAUCCAGAAGAUGAUAGCAGAUCAGACAAAUCAAAAUCCUUUAACAUGGCUCGGAGGCUCUGACAGUGCAAUGGAGGGGAAAUGGCUUUGGGCUGAUGGCUCACGCUUCUUGUAUACAAACUGGUGCCAAGGAGAGCCGAACAACAUUGGCAACCAGGAUUGCCUUGUAAUGAAUUUCUCAGGAAAGAAUUGCUGGGAUGAUCAGCAGUGCAAUAACCAGAGACCAUCUGUCUGUGUCAAGAACUGGUCUUUACGCGGCUGAUCCAAAAACAUCAAGCAUCUAAGCAAACAACCAAAUUAUUGGAAAUUCAUUCUGUCUUUAUUUCUCUAUUAUUGCUGUGAUGUUGCCUAAAAAGUGAAUCAAUAAUUGACAUAGUUGAAUCUCUGAGGUCCUGUGCUCUUAACUCUUUAAACUCUGAACCGUUUUUUGCUAUUUUCGGUCAGCCUGGUUUUGUGAUGUAAAACUGGCUGUAGCUGAACCCUUGUAAUCCCAGUCAACAUCCAGACACGAUGUUUUCAGGACAGCCUCAGUUGUCAGAUCAUGAGGUUAAAAUGAUGUAAAAUGAAAGUAAAGGCCAACCGUUUAACACUAAACAGAAUUUAUUACUAACAGAACUUGUAGAAAUAACACACAGAUCAACAGUGGCCAAGUCUUUUCUCAUCUUUCUCAUCAUAUCGUUCUUUCAAGUCUUGACUUUCAGGAGAAAAAAUAUUGACAUGGAAAUAGAAAUAUUUAAACAGAAACUUUUUACAUAUUUACACUUUUCCUUCAGCUGUUUUUAUCUAUUUACAGUCAUUUAGACGUGACAAGCCAGUUUAUUAGUAUGACACAUUUCAUGUAGAGAACAAUUCAAAGUUCUUUACAUAAAACAUUAAAAGCAUUACAAAAAUAAAUAGAGAGCCUAUAGAGAACCUUUAUUUUUGUUUUUAAACACACAGACAACUUUAUUACUUAUUGAUCUUUGUCUGCUCCUGAUUGGACAUUACCAUCAAUUUAUUUCUAGCUAAUUGGUCAAACAUUUGACAGGAAGCAGCUUCAUUAGUGGCUUCUGGUCUCUUAGCAACAUGGUAUGAUUGUGAUC